AAAGAAAAUCUUAAUAAAAGAAAAAAUAUAUAUAAAUAAAGAGAGAGAAAGAGAAAAUUCCAAAAUAUUGAAAUUGAAACCUAUUUUUGUUUUCCCUCUUUUCUCUCUCUAUCUUUCAUUUCUUGGAACCUAAUUUCUCCUUCUUCUUCCUCCUCUUCCUGAACCUAACUCAGUAACCCUUUGCAUUCUUCCAAUUCCGAAUGUGAAACGAGUUAUUGUUGUUGUUGAAGAGUGAAAGUGGUGAUUUUUUUUCAAAAUCUUAGCGAAAAUGAAUGACGGUAGACAAAUGGGGUUGCAUUACAUGGAUAAUGGCUUCCCUUAUGCUGUUAAUGAUAGCAACUUUGUGGAUUUCUUCCAAGGAGUGUCGCACGUUCCAGUCAAUUAUGCCUUUGCUGGCUCAAUGCCUGAUCAGGAAUGCGUUUACUGGUCGAUGAACAUGAAUCAAUAUAAGUUUGGAUUAUCUGGUCCAGGAAGUACAUCCUAUUAUGGUUCUUAUGAGGUAAAUGAUCAUUUGCCUAGAAUGGAGAUCAACAGGGCAGAGUGGGAAUAUCCUUCAGUAACAAUCACUGAGGAGCCAGCUACAGCAGAUUCUCCACCCAUAAGAGAGGGAGUCACAAGCAUGCAGACCAUCCCUGAAGAAUGCAGUCCAAAUCAUCAUGAGUCCGAUGGCAGCCAGGUCAUAUGGCAAGAUGACAUUGAUCCUGACAAUAUGACAUACGAGGAACUACUGGAUUUGGGGGAGGCAGUUGGAACUCAAAGCCGAGGUCUCUCGCAAGAACUUAUUGAUACACUUCCAACCUCCAAGUACAAAUUUGGAAGUUUAUUCAAACGAAAAAAUUAUGGUAAAAGGUGUGUCAUUUGUCAGAUGACAUAUAGAAGAGGUGACCAGCAAAUGAAAUUGCCAUGCAGCCAUGUCUAUCAUUGUGAAUGCAUUACCAAAUGGCUUGGCAUUAACAAGAAAUGUCCAGUUUGCAAUAUUGAAGUGUUUGGUGAGGAAUCAACCCAUUAGCAUCAACAUGGGCAAAAUGGAGAUUUCCGCUUUUAAAUCCUUACACAUAGCCAUAGGUAGUUGGAGUAGAAAGAACUGUGGCAGCGUGUCACACUAUACAUGUUUUUGUUUACUAGAAACAACCAAAAACAGUCACAUAUUCUAGCGGUUAAUGUUAGGUUGGUUUGUCUUUUUUCUUUUUCUUAAAAAAAAAAGGUUAUUUAUUCUUAGUCAUGUCCCUUUUUGUUCUUGUCUCGAGGAUUGGGAGUGAGAAAUGUGCUUCUCAGCCAUUGGUUAACAGAACUGAAGAGCUGUGAUAUGUCUUCCAAAUGUUGCUCGUAACUCUUCAUAUGUUAAAAAUACUUGAAAAAAUGAAAAAGAGAGAAUGAUGUUUUUA